AUGUCGAUGCCUGGACACGCGAUUGGCAAUGUUACCAGUGAGAUUCCACCGUAUGAUGUUCUCGCCGGAAAGGAUGGAUAUGAAAUUCGUCGCUAUCAGAAACAACUAUGGGCACAAAUUACCUACGAAGUUCCAUUAAAUACUGAAUUUAUGUCUGAAAUGGGUACUGGCUUCUUUCCAUUACAUAAAUAUAUUUUUGGUAAUAAUAUAAGUGGAACAAUAAUACCUAUGACAGCACCUGUCAUUAUACAAGAAAUAACAGAUAAUCAAGUAAUCAAACGAACAAUGACAUUCAUAAUGUCACCGUCAAGGUUUAGUUCAUUGGAUCAAUUACCAACUGCCAUUGAUACGAAUAUUCGUAUGGUUGAAGAGCCGAACACACGUAAUGUCGCUUGUAUUACAUUCAAUAUGACAAUGACACAUGAGAAAAAUGCAACAAAAGAACAAGAACUUCGAGAAGCUGCACAUCGAGAUGGUCUCAUAUUGUCGUCAGAUAGAAAUGAUGUCAUGUAUUUUGGUUACAAUCCUCCAUUCACUAUUCCUUACUUUCGACGAAAUGAAAUCUGCAUACCAAUUGUUGCUCAACAAUAA